UCAGGAUGUUUUUCACCAGAAUCAUGAUUUCCUGAAGGAGUUUGAAUAAUGUCUCAAAAACAGAAAGGAUUACUAAUGUCCUAAAUAGAGGAAGUCCAAACAAUGCAUUCCCAGUUUUUUUCAGUUCCAUUAGACAAAUUUUGUUAACAUAUUUUUCACUGAACUUCUACCGUCAAACAAAAAUAAUGUGCUGAUUUGGGGAUGUUGGUGGAUUUGUAUCCACAGAAGAGAAAAUUUAUGCAAGAAGAGACGUGGAAGUUUUUCCUAGAACAGCCUUCCUGUUCAGACCAAAAUGUCACAUGCACAGGAUGGCUUUCUGAAACAGUAUUUUUCACAAAACAAAUUGCAAAGUAAAAAUAUCUCUGAUAGAAACCAUUCUUCAGGUUUUUUUGCGGGGGGCUUGUUUGGUUUUUGUUUUUUUGUUUUAGAUGAGGCACCUCUGAGUUGUCCAGGAUAGCUUGAAGGCUCAAGCAAUCCUCCUCCUUCAGCUUCCUACGUAGCUGGGAGUAUAGGUGUGCAGUUCUCUUCAGGCUUUCUGACCUGGAAGUUAUUCUGUUGUCAGCAAGAUAGAUGAUUUACUUCCUUUUUGUUGAUAUACAGUUUGCCAGUGUCACGAUCCAAGGAUAGUAGGCUGACUGCCGUCAGGUGCUGUUGGCGGGGCCAGCUUCUCCUGAUCCUAUACAGAGCAGCAGCACCCUUGGUCUUUCAGAACCCAACUGAAGCUCGACUGCACUUCCCUUAAUGGUGAUCAGCAUUUCUCCAGUCCCCAGAGACACAGACUGUUAGAAGCAGCUGACUUGGCUUCAUCAAAAAAGAAUUUGAGGUCUAUAAGGCAGACUAAAAAGUUCAGGAUAAGCUGGACAUGGGAGCGUAUGAUCAGGAAUCUGAAGCAAGAAUAUCAUAAGUUCGAGGCCAGGCUGAGAAACUUGGCCAGAACCCGUCUCAAAAAUUUUUGUUGUUUGUUUCUGAACAGUUAGAAUGUAGAUCAGUGGUAGAGCAAUAGUGUAGCAAGUACAAUGACUUACAUUCAACCCCACUACCACAAAGGGGAAAAAAAAACCCAACCGUUUUGAAAAAAAAAAAUGCCUUCUCUGAUGGACAGAAAUUUGCCAUUCCUCCUGCUGACAAGAAACUUUGGGGAGAACAGUCUGGGUAGAAGCUGUAAAACUCCAGCAUCUCUCUCCUUUUCUGGGCCUAACUGCACUUUGCACAGUUCAUCUGGGACCCAGGAAACUGUGUCAUUGACAGGGCUUUUGUGCUCACUAGGGAACUGGGGAGAGGCAGAAUUUAUCCCUGAGACCUGUAAUUCUAUCUGUGUGAAUUUUGCUUAAAGGCGAUGGAGUGGAAUAGUCUCACAGGUCAGGCAGACUGCACUGCAUUAUUUUGGUUAGCCUUUUGUUUGUUAAAAAAACUUGAAUUAUACCAGGUUUCUUUGUUGAGAAGGAAGGCGCUAGGGCCCUGGAGUGAGCUGAUGGCUUUGUUGUGUGACCACAGAGGCUGGUUUCGUACUAAUUUCCUCUAGGGCUUGUGAUGAAGUCAGUAAACCACAGGCUUCAGCAUGCUGUGCUCAGCGGCAACAGUGGCUUUGGUGUCGUCUCGGCCAUGACACACAUUUCACAUGCCCUCCCGCAACCCGCUCACAGACUGUUUCUCUUGCUCUGCAGCAUGGACCAACGAAAAAUUCUGCAGAAGUUCCUGGAUGAGGCCCAAAACAAGAACAUUAACAAAGAGAAGUUUGCGAAUGAAUUUCUGAAGCUGAAAAAGCAAUCCACCAAGCUCAAGGCAGACAGAACCUAUCCUACAGCUGUAGCUCAGAAGCCCAAGAAUAUAAAGAAAAACAGAUAUAAGGACAUUUUGCCGUACGAUCAUAGCCGGGUAGAACUGUCCCUGAUAACUUCCGAUGAGGAUUCCAGCUACAUCAACGCCAACUUCAUUAAGGGAGUGUAUGCACCCAAGGCGUAUAUUGCCACGCAGGGCCCUUUACCUACGACUCUUCUGGACUUCUGGAGGAUGAUUUGGGAAUACAGUGUUCUGAUCAUUGUUAUGGCGUGUAUGGAGUUCGAAAUGGGGAAGAAAAAGUGUGAGCGCUACUGGGCUGAGCCAGGACAGAUCCAGCUGCAGUUUGGCCCUUUCUCCAUAUCCUGUGAAGCUGAAAAAAGGAAAUCUGAUUAUAUAAUCAGGACUCUAAAAGCCAAGUUCAACAGUGAAACUCGAACUAUCUACCAGUUUCAUUAUAAGAACUGGCCAGACCAUGAUGUGCCUUCAUCUAUAGACCCUAUUCUUGAGCUCAUCUGGGAUGUGCGUUGCUACCAGGAGGAUGACAGUAUUCCCAUAUGCAUUCACUGCAGCGCUGGCUGUGGAAGGACCGGUGUGAUUUGUGCUAUCGAUUAUAUAUGGAUGUUGCUAAAAGAUGGGAUAAUUCCUGAGAACUUCAGUGUUUUUAGUUUGAUCCAGGAAAUGCGAACACAGAGGCCUUCGUUAGUUCAAACUCCGGAACAGUAUGAACUGGUCUACAGUGCUGUAUUAGAACUUUUUAAGAGACAUAUGGAUAUUAUUGGAGAUAAACAGUCUGGAAGGAAGAUUCCAGCAAAGUAUUCAAUUCCUGAGCAAAAUUCUACUCCACAAGCAGACUCUUGUUCUUCUAAUUUACCAAAAAGCACCAUACAAGAAGCAAAAAUGAUGAACCAACAGAGCAAACAAAAGUUGAAGAUGGAAAACGCAGAAACUUCUUCCUUGAACUUCAGGACUUCUAAAAUAAAUGCCAAGGAAGAGUUAGUUUUGCAUCCUGCUAAAUCAAGCCCAUCUUUUGACUUUUUGGAGCUAAAUUAUAGUUGUAACAAAAAUGUUGACAUAACCAAGAAAUGGCAGGCAAAGACAUUGUCAACAGUCGGGGAACCUCUUCAGAAGCACAAAAGUUUGGACUUCGGCUCCAUUCUGCUGGGGGCAUGUCCCAAUUCUCAGUCUUUAAAUGCAGCAAGUACACGUUUUAAUUCAAAGGGGCCAAUAACACGAACCAAAUCAACUCCUUUUGAAUUGAUACAGCAGAGUAAAACUGAGGAGUUGGACAUCAAGGAAAACUUUUCAUGUUUGGAAUCUCGACCACACGAUUCUUAUCUUGUGGAGUUCCAGGCUGAAAAAGUGAUGUAUGUUUCUGCAGAAGAGCUGAAUUAUUCAUUGCCGUCUGACUCUAACCACCAAAUGUGUGAUGCCUCUAAUGGGCAGCAUCAUGGCUCCAGUGCUUUGAGUGUAUAUUCUUGCAUGUCUUUAACAGAAGAUCCUUAUUUUUCAUCAUUGCUACCAAGUAGUGCUGAUUCUAAGAUGUCUCUUGAUUUACCCGAGAAGCAAGAUGGAACUGCUUUUCCUCACUCUUCGUUGCCAGCAUCCUCCACGACCUUCUUUUCUUACUACAACUCCAGUGACACUGCAGCAUUAAAUCCUCUGACCAAUUUUUCCUCGCGAAUGAACCGACAGACAGCUAUAGUGGCAACGUCUACAAAGAUAGAUGAUGAAGUCCCCCCUCCACUUCCUGAACGAACACCUGAAUCUUUCAUUGUGGUAGAGGAAGCGGGAGAAGUACCACCAGGUGCACCCAAAUCCGUAUCUUCACCUGUGAAGUUGAAAAUUGGAACAUCGCUGGAAUGGAGUGGAACAUCUGAAUCAAAGACAUUUGAUGACUCUGUGAGACUUAGGCCAAGCAAGAGUGUAAAACUCCAGAGUUCCAAAACAGCUUCACGUCAAGAUUCAUCUCCUUCUCCACCUCCACUUCCAGAAAGAACCGUAGAGUCCUUCUUUCUUGCUGAUGAAGAUUCUAUGCAGACCCAACCAACAGAAACUUAUUCAAUUAGCUGUCCUGAAACCAUGGAAAAUUCAACAUCUUCAAAACAAACAGUGAAGACUACUGGAAAAGGUUUCACAAGGAGUAAGAGUUUGAAAAUUUUACGAAACAUGAAGAAGAGUAUCUGUAAUUCUUCCUCACCAACUAAACCCGCAGAAUCUGUUCAAUCAAAUAAUUCCAGGUCAUUUCCAAAUUUUGGUUUUGCAAAUCGUUUUUCAAAACCCAAAGGACCACGGAACCCACCACCAUCUUGGAAUAUUUAAUACAACUCUGGAUUUAUAAUAUGGGCUGCAAAUGAGUCUGAAAUACUGGCUAGCUAAAAGAAGUGCUGUAUAUUCAUAUCAUAAAUGUUAAUGUUAAUAAUUUAAAAAAGAAUA